AAACAGCAGCAAGUUUCAUCAAUUGGCUGUUUCUUUAGCAGCCAAAAUCAAUUUUUGCCUACAGAAGUAAAGACUCCAUUAAAAAUCUUGAAUUUGCCUUCUUUAUUGAACUUUUUCCCUUUUGGGAGUUGUUCAAGAUUUGUGUGGAGAGAGGGAGAGACCCAAUUAGUCUCUCCUUUCUCAAUUUUGUGUUGUUUUCAAAAGGGGUUUUCUUAUUUUUUUUUUUCAAAUGGCAAAACAAAGAGAUGAAAGGGAGGUUUGGGAUGGGGUUAUAGAAGGGAUGCCUUUGUUUGCUAAAGAAUUGAUAGCUGGUGGUGUAGCUGGUGGUUUUGCUAAGUCUGCAGUUGCACCACUUGAACGUAUCAAGAUCUUGUUUCAGACUAGACAAGUUGAAUAUCGAAGUUUGGGGUUGAUAGGAUCCUUUACAAAGAUUGCCAAGACAGAAGGAACUCUUGGUUUUUUCAGGGGAAAUGGAGCUAGUGUUGCUCGAAUCGUCCCUUAUGCAGCAUUGCACUAUAUGGCCUAUGAAGAGUAUCGCCGCUGGAUUAUAGAUGGAAUUCCUGGAGUGGGUAGAGGUCCCAUUCUUGAUCUCGUUGCAGGAUCGUUUGCUGGUGGAACUGCUGUACUUUUUACCUAUCCACUUGAUUUAGUUCGAACUAAACUGGCUUACCAGGUAGUUGGAUCCCAAAAGUUGAAUAUACAAGGGAUUGUUGCUGGUGAACAAGUUUACAAGGGAAUAAAGGAUUGUUUUUCAAAGACAUACAAGGAAGCUGGAAUAAAGGGACUAUACCGUGGAGUUGCUCCGUCACUCUAUGGAAUCUUCCCCUAUGCUGGGCUGAAAUUUUACUUCUACGAGACAAUGAAGAGCCAUGUCCCUAAGGAGCGGAAGAAUGAUAUCACGAUAAAACUAGCUUGUGGAUCUGUAGCAGGACUUCUAGGACAAACUUUCACUUAUCCUCUAGAUGUGGUUAGGCGGCAAAUGCAGGUCCAGAGACUCUCAGCAUCUAACAGCCACGAACUGAAAGGAACAGCAGAUACUCUUGUUAUGAUUUUACAAAAACAUGGAUGGAAACAACUGUUUUCCGGGCUCAGCCUCAAUUAUCUGAAGGUUGUACCAUCUGUUGCGAUUGGGUUUACUGUUUACGAUUUGAUGAAAGCGUACCUGAGAGUACCAUCACGAGAUGAGGCUGUUGUAGAAGUCGUCACUAGUAACAGAGAUAGUCAACCAUCGACCCUGCACUCCUAACAAUCUUCUUCAGGCUCAGCGAUUGUCAAGUACAAUUUCGGGGCCAUCUUGAGAGCUACUAAAGUUUGUAAAUUUUCAUUCUUUAAUAUAGGCAUAAUUCUUCUUUACAAUAAGUUGUUACCAGAGAGCUAUCAGAUAAUAUUCCCUUAAUCCCAAACUAGUUGGGGUUGGCUAUGAAUUCUCUGGUAUAAAUUCAUCUGUAUACGAAGUUGCACUGCAAAAUGUAUAUUAACAACUUGCUGUAAACUAAUGCCUCAUUCUGGCAUCUUAUACAUUGAUUGACAAGUACGGGCGAGUUAUGAGGAGUAGGACAUAUUUGUGUGUU